AUGGAUAAAGAGCCGCGAAAAUCGCUUAGUCUGGCCCGUGAAGCAUCGAAGGAGACGGCGACCAAGCCGCUCAUUCUCCUCUGCGACGGCACAUGGUGUGGUCGAGAGACUAACACGAGAACUAACAUUCACAAGCUUGCAGAGAUGGUGGGAGUAAGCAUCACGAAGGAUAGCACUGAGUGGCAAACUCCAGAAGGAACACGAUCUAGUUACAUUUUCAAUGGAGCCACAGCCCAAGACCUUGCCAACCAGUGCAUCAAGGCCUACGAAUUCAUCGUCCACAACUAUACUUACCCCCACCACGAAAUCUGGAUGUUCGGCCUCUCGCGCGGGGAGUACCUGCCCCGAGCAGUGGCUGGUAUGAUUAACAACUGCGGCAUCACGCGUCUGCUCUGCGAGACGGUCUACAAUCUGUACCGGUCGCCGUAUAUAAUUAACGCGCUGCACUCCGUCCAAUCCCUGCACUUCCGACGCACAAAAUUAUGGCCGCUGACUCGUCGCUUCAUCCCGCCCAUCAAGUUCAUAGGCCUCUUCGUUACAGUCAGCAGCCUGGGGAUUCCCGUGUUUACCGGCGGGAAGAUGUCGAUGGUCGUCGCGAACGUGCACCACGCCGUCUUUCUCCACGACUGGCUGUUGAUCUUUCAGCUGUGCUUUGUACGUCGGGGCCACUUGUACUACCGCGCGCAGGACUGGGACCAGUACAGCCGAUUCCGGUUUCUACGGGAGUUCGGCGGCGGCUGGCUGGAGUCCUUGCUGACAAGGUCUAAGUUCGCGAGUAAAGUCAUCGAGCCCAACCAUGUGCUCGCGGACUUUGCGCUCUGCUGGAUGCUGCUUGCCGUGCAGCAACACCGCUCCGCUGCCUACGAAGUGAUCCCGGACAUCAAUCAGCUUAUUAUAAAGGUCAUGUUGGAUAUCCACACCCGCGUGCGGGAACCUGGUCGGACUGGCGAUGGUAACGUCUAUGGCCAUAUACUCGCCUACACCCCGUUUGGGUCGCUGAUUCUGAACAUUGGGCGGGCUGUCUCUUCCAUCUAUCGGCUAUUCUUUAAUCUGCGCGAUUACUUGAUUCCGGAUGACAAUGCCGCCAUCUACAAUUUUCGCAGGUUUGAUAGGGAGAUCCCGGGUUGUGUUGAAGAUCUGGGCGAGGUCACUGAGCAGCGGUAUUCUUUGAAGGCGUAUGCGAAAUGGAAAUUGAGGCAGUAGUCCGGUGUCG